UGCUGUGGCAAGAAAUAUAAACUUAAUUCAUAUACAAUAAUCUUUUGCUGCCUUUAGAUAUUAAACAGUGGUAUUAAAUAAAGAAAUUUCUUCCAAACAUUAAGAAUUUUCUAAUAAAUAAUCAAUUGACACAGAGUGUUUAGUUGUGUUUUCUUGUUGGAAAGGAAUAGAAGCAACGAGCGCAAAACUUAUAACCCUACUUAUUUUCAUUAGGUUCCUUUUUAUUUUUUAUUUUUGUAUUUUGCAUAUUUUGGACGUUUAUAUGGAAAGUUAAUAACGGAUAAAUUAUUUGGGAAUCUUUUAUCUAUAAUCAGUUUUGGACAUAUGUGACAAUUUUGCGCAACACGAUUUCACAAUUUGAUAAGAGGAAUUUUUUAACCAAAUACAUAAAAUUGUAAUAUAUCUAAUUGUAAGCAAUGUUGGAAUUUAUUAAAAGUGUCAUGAAUCAUCGCAUCGAACAAAUACACAAAUCUGCAGAAACAACACAAGAGAAAGAAACAAAUACAAGCAUGAAUAUCAAUGAUUUCAAUAUUAGUGAGAGAUAUCGAGAAGUUCUAAUUUUAUUAGCAGAAAUAAAUAGUUUGCUGGAGGACCUAGAUACAAUUCCCAAAACUGUUAGGAAAAUGAUUAAUCAGUUGGAAGUCAAGACGAAUAAUUUAUUUAAUAAUUUUCUAAUUGCUUCAACAGAAAUCAAAUGUGAUGAUAUUCUAGUUCUUGUGUUGGCUCAUAUUAAUUUGGGUUACAUAUAUUUUUACAAAGAAGAUAAUUAUAAUACUGCUAAAGAUUAUUAUAUGAAAUGCAUCGAAUUAUUGAAGGGAAAAGAGCUGCACUAUAAAUUUAUUGUGGUUGCUAUUUAUGUACUUAACUUUUUACAUGGGAUUUGGAAAGAGUUACAACAGUUAGAGAAUUGUUAUUCAUUAUUAGAUAAAGCACUAGAACUAUAUUUAAGUUAUACAAAGGAAGAUGAUUAUCCAGAACCUUUUGCAGAUAUCUUUUUCCACUACAAAGAAAAUACUAAAAUUUAUCUGAUUAAUGUUCAUAUGAUAACAUUACAGGGUAUGAUAGAAUUGUAUUUCUUACAACCUACAAAUAUGCAUAAAUUUGUAAUAUAUGUUCAUAAUUUAUUGAACGAGCAGCUGAAAACAAUAAAAGACUCGCCUGAAAAUCACAUGUUUUCAUGUUGGGCUGAUGCCUCAGCUAGUUUAUCUAUUUUCUUUUUAGAGUCUAAUCGCUUUAUGGAAGCUAAAAUUCAUCUUGCUUCUGCGGAUUAUAUGAUAAUGAUGUGUUAUGUAUCGAUAUUAACAGAUAAUGUAAAAUCUCCAGAAAAAAUGAAUACAUAUGGUACAGUCCGUAUAUUCAUCACUAAACUUUGGGCAAUGUAUGGUAUUAUGCUUUUACAUUCAUCGAAAGAAAGAUUACUACAGUAUGAAAAUAAUAAAUCUUGUGAGGCUAAUAAUAUAGAAUCAGAAUCUCAUUCGAAGUCAGAAGAAGAAAUAACAAAACCUCUAACAUUUGUUGACUUAGAAAAACGUUUAAAAAAUGUUAUUAAAUAUUACAUCACAGAUACCUAUGUAUCUAAUCUUGAUGAUAUUAAGAUAAUUUUUGGGAAUGUGUUAAGAUGGUUUGAUGAAGUAUUCGUAUAUUAUAGUACAAGAAAUCAAUUUAUAUCUGAAGUGCAAACAAUGUUUGGCAUAUCCAAAGCAUACAAAUAUUACGUAUAUUUUGAAGGAAUUAAAAGUAGACAGAUAAAAAUAAUUAAACAACAAAUAGGAGUAUUAAAGAAUUUUAUUAGUGGAGCAUCUUCAAAAUAUAAUGCAUCACCAGAAUAUCAUUAUAUUAAAAAACUUCAUUUUGAACUUGCAAUUGCUUAUUCCACGCUUUUGGAUAAGAGGUCUGAAGAAUUAGAUGAAAUUGAAGAAAUUACUGAUGAAAUGAGAAUGGAAAUGAAACAAUUAGUGACAAAUGUUAUACAGGAAUUUAAUUUAUUUACAAAUUUAUCUUAAAUCUUAGCUCAUUUUACAUAUUUGAAUGUUUAGAUUUCUUUUAUGAAACUUUUAUGUACGUCUUCUAUUUGUAAUCUUAUAUCACAUAUUGGGCUUUUUUUUUAUAAAUGUAUAUAAU